AUGAGGGUUCUAUCUAUCUGGUUUCUGGCUAUAAGCCUCAUCUGUCUCAUACAAUGCAUCCCGAUUUCUCGGACUUCGCCGUCUGCAAAAUUCCGGCGUUGUCUACCGACGGAUACCGUGACCCAUAACGAUACGAUCAUUGAAAUUCCAGUCAAAGCGGAUUCCCCUGUCCAGAAUGAAAACGGGUUUACCAGUCUCAAAGAACAGGAAGCUUUGGGAAAAUUAAAAGAAGAGAGCUUGGAAGAAAAACUUGCAAAUCAUCAGUUGAAGAGAGAGAUGAGAAGACGUAAACAAGAAGAAAGUGACGUGCCGUGUUUGAGGACACGGUUUUUUACGUUCUGUUUCGGUAUCAAAAUCAACUAA